AUGGAGUCAGAACUUGCUCCCAAGUUUGCGCCCUUCAUCGGGAUGGGCGGCAUUGCAGCUGCAAUGAUAUUUGGGUCUAUCGGUGCUGCCUAUGGAACAGCUAAAUCAGGCAUCGGUAUUGCCGGCGUUGGCACCUUUCGACCGGACCUCAUCAUGAAGUGCCUGAUUCCAGUCAUCAUGUCUGGUAUCUUAGCAGUCUACUCUCUUGUUAUUGCCGUCCUCAUCGCAGAAGAUCUCGCCGCCCCCUCCGCAAAGAGCUACAGUCUUUUCACAGGUUUUAUGCAUCUUGGAUGUGGCAUAUCUGUAGGAAUGACCGGACUGGCAGCUGGAUAUUGCAUCGGCAUCGUUGGCGAUAACGGAGUUCGUGCCUUCAUGGCACAGUCUAGGAUAUUCGUUGGCAUGGUUCUAAUUCUUAUUUUUGGCGAAGUAUUGGGCCUUUACGGGCUCAUCGUUGCCCUUUUGCUCAACACGAAGAGUUGA